AUGGCAGAUGCAGAAGCAAACAACGCUACCGUAGGUAAUGUCGGAGAGCUUAUAGAGCUGGGCAAAUCUUUGGACGAUGUUUUGCCGACUCUGGACUCGCAAGAGGUACAAUGCGAAGGAGCCUUCACGUGGCACAUACCGGACUGGAACCUGCUUACCGAGGAGAAACAUGUCUCACCGCGUUACAAGAUCGGAGAUUUCGAGUGGAAUGUCCUCCUGUUUCCUCAGGGAAACCACAACAAGGGCCUCUCCAUGUAUUUGGAGCCCCAUCCCAUGGAAGUCUACAACGACGAGAAAAAAAUAUCAGAACCCGAAGAUCCAGACUGGCAUGUGUGCACACAGUUUGCGAUUGGUGUUUCCCGCCCAGGAGAAGAUGCCAAGUGCCAGCUAUUAAACGUGUCGCAUCACAGAUUUUGUGCCACAGACACUGACUGGGGGUUCGCCACGUUCAUGGGGCUUGACACAUUGAAGAAACGGACGUCAUCUCGCAAUUCCGGAUUUCUAGUCAAUAACAAAGUCAACAUUUCGGUAUUUGUACGAGUUUUGAAGGACCCUACGGGUGUGUUGUGGCACAAUUUUUUGAAUUACGACUCCAAAAAACUGACCGGCUACAUAGGCUUCAAAAAUCAGGGCGCUACAUGUUAUCUGAACUCUCUGUUACAGUCAUAUUUCUUCACCAAGCUUUUCCGGAAAGUUGUCUACAAGAUUCCUACAGAGAGAGAUUCGCCGAAUGACAGUGUAGCACUGGCCCUCCAACGUUCUUUCUAUCUUAUGCAAAAAUCUCAAGAUCCUCUAGACACUCUGGAACUCACGCGCUCCUUUGGAUGGGACACUGGCGAAGCUUUCACACAGCAUGACGUACAAGAAUUGAAUCGUAUUUUGAUGGACAGACUUGAAACUAGAAUGAAGGGUACAGAGGUAGAGAGCGUCUUGAACGAGCUCUUUGUUGGAAAAAUGAAAAGUUACAUUAGGUGCGUUAACGUCAAGUACGAGUCUUCUCGCGUGGAAGAUUUUUGGGAUAUUCAGCUCAAUGUUAAAAAUUUGAAAGGAGUCCAGCAGUCAUUCGCAAAUUACGUCGAAGUCGAAAUGAUGGAUGGCGAGAAUCAAUACGCAGCUCAAGAUUUCGGUCUUCAGGAUGCAAAGAAAGGUGUUGUAUUCGAGAGCUUUCCUCCUGUGCUUCACCUGCAAUUGAAACGAUUUGAGUAUGACUUCAACUACGACCAAUUGGUCAAAAUUAAUGAUAGAUACGAAUUUCCAGAAACCAUUGACCUGGCACCUUUUCUCGACCCGGAAGUCAGCAAAGAGGGUGAUCAUCCUUGCGUUUACAAUCUUCACUGCGUCCUAGUUCACUCAGGGGACAUAUCUGCUGGGCACUACUAUGCCAUGAUUAAGCCCAGUGUUGAUGAUCAAUGGUUCAGAUUCGAUGACGAGAAAGUUUGGAAAGUCACUAAGAAGCAAGCCUUCGACGAGAACUUUGGUCAUGAAGCUCUGUCUGACGAGAAAUUGAGAACUUUCACACGAGAACAGUAUCAAAAUUAUCUCAUCGCGCGACAGACAAGCGCUUACAUGCUGGUGUAUGUAAGACAAGACAUGGAGGACAAUAUUCUUGAAGAAGUUUCCCCCGGAGACGUUCCGGAACAUGUCGUAACCAGCAUAGAGACGGAGCUUCAAGAUCGCGAAAAAAGGAGAAAGGAGCUUGAGGAAAUGCAUUUGUACACUAAGGUGCAUGUCCACUCGGUGAGUAACUUCGUAAAUUACGAAGGCUUCGAUUUAUCGCCCAAUGAACGGUCAAAGCUCUACAGUUCAGAACUGAACGCGCCCAACGAGUAUGCGGAGUCCCUACGCGUUUUGAAGUCUUUGAAACUAAGAGACCUAAAAAGCGAGAUAACAAAAAUUCUCAAUCUUCCAAGAGCUUGCAGCAUCAAUUACUGGAUGAUGAGCUACAGGAAAAACUACACUUUGAGAUUAGAAUCAGUCUUGCCGUCCGAACUGGAUAAUCUUACUUUAGAGCAAGUUACUCACAAGAUGGGGAUCUCUCGUACCACAUCUGUUGAUAUUUUCGUGGAAGAGCCUUACCUGGAACUCCAUUAUCUCUCAGAGCUGGCAACAACGAAAACUAUUACAGAAAAUAGGCUAAGCUCUGAUGUUAUUUCUCACCUCAGGGAAGCAGCCUCGCGGGGCGCUCUGCCCGAUUCGUCUUCAUACCUGAAAUCUGACGAUGAUGAUUCUUAUAAAGUACUCAUUUUCCUGAAAGCUUUCGACCCCACCAGCACUCGUCUUCAAGGGUUUGGCCAUGUCCUCGUUUAUCCAGAUGACGAGGUGUCCUCCAUUUUUGGUUUGCUAAAGAACAUGUGUCAAGUUGAGUCAGAAGAAACUAUCUUUGAAGAGUUCCAGCCUGAUACGAUUGAGUCCGUCGAUGCCAGAAUGCAGUUCGCUACCUCAGAAUUGGUGGACGGAGAUAUUCUUGCAUUUUCAAUCGCUAGCAAUGAGAAGGAUACUGCGCCUUCGAUUUUAGACCACUACAAUUUCUUGAGAUACAGAAUUAACAUCACACUGGCUAGAAUAGCAAACACCGAGGAAGAAUAUGCUAUUGCAAGUGAAGGCAGUGAUUUGUCUCAGCUAAGCGUUUGGAUCUCAGCACAAGCUACGUAUGAAGAGUUUGCAAACCUGAUUGCUGCAAAGUCUGGACUUAAAGCUUCACACUUACGAGUAUUCGCCAUUUAUUCUAAUGGUCGCUUUGCCCUAAAGUCGAAUUGCCGUAUAUCUGACUAUCUUCUGAAGAACUAUUCUCCCGGUGCGAUUCCUCCUUUCGAGUUCGAGGUUCUUUCCAUACCACUUAAAGAAUUUGAACAGCUACGAUCAAUCAAGUUUUAUUGGUUGAAUGACAGCUAUGUGCAUUACCAGAGGUACGAAUUUAGAGUACAAAACUCAUCUACGAUUGAUGAAUUCAUGACAAAGCUGCAGAAACGGCUGAAUUUUAAUGAAAAUCAAAGAAAGAACAUCCUUCUUUGGACAAACUGUGAUUUUAAAUUUCAAGGCAUUUUGUCGGGUGAGAAUGUUUUCCAAGAGCUGGCAGAGUCCUUCUUGUUCUUUGGAAGAAUUUUGCCCGAAGAACUUGCUCUGGUAAACCAGCUCGAAGAAACUUCUUCGGACAAUGUUGAUUCUAUGGAUGAGACGGAAACGGACGGAUUUGAUCUUGGGGUGCAACAAACGUCUGCCAUCAACGGCAAGCUCGUUAUUGUCAUUCAGUAUUUCAAAGACCUGGAUAACAGGCACGGGAUAUCCUUCCUCUUUAAUUUGGUCCCCGGCGAGAACUUUCUGGAGACGCGGGAAAGGCUUCACUCCAGAUUUGGGUUGGGACGCAAAGAAUUUUCUAAGAUAAAGCUCGGAAUUACUAUUGGCUCUGAUAAUGGUCUCGCUUUCAAGUCUUUGCACGGCUUUACUGAUGAUGAACUUCGUGAAAUCGUAUUAUUCGACGUGUUAAACAAUCUAGAUUAUAUUUGCAUGGACCACCCGGACCGCACUCGAACUCAGACAUAUACCGAUAGGCCUAUGGUUAUCAAAAGCUGA